GUAAGGGUUAAAAAGGGAAAUUUUAUUUACCGUUUUUUUUAUACAUAGCUCGUAAAUACAAAAUUCUGAUGCAAAAAUAAAGAUAUUUACAGGCAAACACUGGUUGGUACCCUUAAAGCCAAGGCAUCGACAAUUACAUGUUUAGCAGAUAAGAAGCCACAAUUCACGGGUUAACUAAAUAAGAGACUUUCAAAAGAUUCAAUUUUUAUCUAUUGGGUUGCAACAAAAAGCAAGCUUUUUAAGAAAUGUAAGAACACAAACCAAUGGAAACUCUCUUCUUCUUCUACUUCUUCUUCUUCAUCAUCAUCUUCCGUGUGUUAACAGAAGUCCCCACAAUUGUCUGUCUUCGCUGCCAGACAAAACUGCCACAGCCAAUAAUGUUUCUCUGAGGGACCUUUCUUCUGUCAGAGACUCUCUCUCUCUCUCUCUCUCUCUCCUCUUCUUGCUCUGCUCAGCCCUCUCACCAACUCAUCUUCAGUCCUCAAACAAACAUCUCUUCUCAUAUUUGUUUUCUUUCCUUUCUUUCUCAUAUCUCAUUUUCAAUUUUCCCAUUUUCUCUUCAACAUCUUCGUAGCAAUUUAAGACCACUCUUCUAUAUAAAGCUAACAGCUUUAGCUUCAGAAGCUUUCAUAACAAGAAGUGACUACAUGAGUUUCCUGUUUUUACUUCAUUAAACUCCUCACAUUUAUUUCUUCCCCAUCAUUGUCCUCUUAGAGAGAGAAAGAAAAAGAGCUCAGCUUUUCUAAUGGAGAGGAGUAUUCAAGGACAAAACAAGCUCUGUUGUUUGGAUCAAAAAUUGAAUGUGAGAAGAAGCCUACAAGUUCAAGGAACUGUAGAGGAUCAUCAAAGCUUUGCCCUUGAGGAAGACCAACUCUCAACUCCAAGCUUGCUGCAAGAUACAACAAUUCCAUUCCUACAAAUGCUGCAACAAAGUGAAGACCCUUCUCCGUUUUUGUCAUUCAAAGACCCAAGCUUUCUAGCACUACUAUCUCUCCAGACGCUUGAAAAGCCUUGGGAACUCGAAAACUAUCUCCCACAUGAAGUUCCAGAGUUUCAUUCACCGAUCCAUUCUGAAACUAACCACUACUAUCAUAACCCAUCUUUGGAAGGGGCCAAUGAAGCCAUCUCAAGCAAAGAACUUCCAUUCAACCCACUAGAGAAUGCAAAUCCAAGACGCAAGCGGAAAAACAACAACUUGGCAACAUUGAUGACCAGAGAAAAGAGAAAGAGAAGGAGAACUAAACCAACAAAAAACAUAGAAGAGAUUGAGAGUCAAAGAAUGACACACAUUGCGGUUGAACGAAACCGCAGACGCCAAAUGAACGUUCAUCUGAACUCACUCCGCUCCAUCAUUCCACCUUCAUACAUCCAAAGGGGAGACCAAGCGUCGAUAGUAGGAGGAGCAAUAGACUUCGUAAAGAUCCUAGAGCAACACUUGCAAUCCCUUGAAGCACAAAAGAGAACUCAACAGAGUGAUGAUAACAAAGAGCAAAUUCCAGAACUCAGGGACAUUUCGUCGAACAAGUUGCGUGCGAGUAGUAAAGAAGAACAAAGUAGCAAACUCCAAAUCGAAGCCACAGUGAUAGAGAGUCACGUCAAUCUGAAAAUUCAAUGCAGGAGGAAACAAGGGCUACUUCUCAGAUCAAUCAUAUUGCUGGAGAAACUUCGAUUCACUGUUCUUCAUCUCAACAUCACAUCUCCAACCAAUACAUCUGUCUCUUAUUCCUUCAACCUCAAGAUGGAAGAUGACUGCAAUUUGGGAUCAGCUGAUGAGAUAACGGCGGCGAUUCGUCAGAUUUUCGACAGCUGAUUGAUUAAUCGAAUUAAAACACGUCCAAAAAGUAAAAAUAAAGUAACGUUUCUUUGGUAACUUCGUUUUCAUGAGUGGCGAAAAUUAAAUUCUUGAUUUGGUCGUAUGUGAUUGGAGUCUUCUCGGCAUGGAACUUGACUUUCGUUUUAGGGUACUACUCUCUACAGAAUUUGUGGUCCUACUUUGGAUUGAUUUAUAAUGAAAGUUUGACCUCUCUCUUUUUUAUUGUCUUUUUGUUUUGCUUUUGCCCUCUCUCUUGGGGUUUGACUUUUGUAUCAUAAAUAUCUUAUCUUAGUUUUCUGACUU